AUGCAGUGUUUUCUGGAUACUGAUUUAAAACGUAAUGAAUCAGAAGAGACUUCUACCGUUGAACGCUUGAGUUUAAUGGGUGCAAAUCGUUGCACUAGUCCUACUACUGCUGAAAUGACUAAAGGCAGUACAGCCAUUCCUUGCUGUAGUAAAAAUUUAGUAAUGGUCGUGGACAUACCUGAUGAAGAAUAUGUGAAGGCAUCCAAGAAGUUAGUGCAGGUUUAUCCAGAUAACUUAAAUACAAACCUUCAGGGAGAAGUUAGUACUAAUGAGCCCUCCUCUGUUCUUCCUCCCUCAUCAUCUGCAGUCUGCCGGGAUUUUGCUGUCCUGGAGGACCACACCCUGGCUCACAGCCUGCAGGAACAAGAGAUUGAACAUCAUUUAGCGUCGAAUGUUCAGCGAAACCGUUUGGUCCAACAUGAUCUCCAGGUGGCUAAGCAACUCCAAGAAGAAGAUCUGAAAGCCCAGGCUCAGCUCCAGAAGCGCUACAAAGACCUGGAACAGCAAGACUGUGAAAUUGCUCAGGAAAUCCAGGAGAAGCUGGCAAUUGAGGCAGAGAGACGACGCAUUCAGGAGAAGAAAGAUGAGGACAUAGCUCGCAUUUUGCAAGAAAAGGAGUUACAGGAAGAAAAAAGGCGAAAGAAACACUUUCCAGAGUCCUCUGGAUCCAGUGCCUCUGGAGAUAGUUACUGUUAUGAAGACGGAGACCAGCCAAGGUCAAGGAGGGCCAGGGAAUUGGGUUCUGAAUUCUCAAGGCCUUGUAGACUCAAAAAUGAUGGAAAGCCUGUGAAGCAGAGGAAGGAGAACCCAAAAGUUCCACUGGAUAACUCGGAAGACCUGGAAGAGCAUCGUUCACCACAGCAAGCCUCUCGCCGGGGCAGAAUGAGGGACGGUCCCCAAGUCAGCAGUGAGCAGCAUGAAAGGAAGCGAUGUGGUCAUGAGAGACUCCGGAGACCUCCCCUUCCCAGGAUCAGUGGAGAGGUGCUUCUGAGCACUGGAUCUGAUGACUGGGAGGCUGACAGUAGCCAUCGAACUCCAAAUUGGGAAAAACAGUCCCGACACCAAGAUGAGCUUUCACCAAAGUCCUCACGGGAAGAUGGGCUUCACUGCAAGGAAGUUGUAUAUGGGAGGGACCGUGGGCAGGGUGAGCACAGAGAGAGGAGACACAGGCCAAGGACUCCUCCCUUUUCAGAAAGCGAGGAACGGCUUCACCACAGUGAUACAGGAAUGAAACCAAGAGGAAUAAAAGAAGCCCUCUCUACUCCAUCGCGAGUGACCCACAGGGAUCAGGAGUGGUAUGAUGCUGAAAUUGCCAGAAAACUGCAAGAAGAAGAACUUUUGGCUACCCAGGUGGACAUGAGAGCAGCUCAGGUGGCCCAGGAUGGGGAAAUUGCUCGACUGCUAAUGGCUGAGGAGAAGAAGGCGUACAAGAAAGCCAGGGAACGGGAGAAAUCGUCUUUGGACAAAAGGAAGCAUGACACCGAGUGGAAGCCUAAAACAUCUAAAUCAGCAAACCCAAAGUCAAAAGAGAGUGAUGAACCUCACCGUUCAAAGAACAACAGACCCGCACGGCCUCCACCCCCUGCCGGGACAGAUGCUAAGGAUUUGGAUUACCCACAUUUUACAAACCAGCGUAAUUCCACACGUCAUUUCUCAAAAUGGGAAUCCUCUCAUAAAGGUUUCCAUUACAAGCAUUAAAAACCUAGGAUUCUGCCUUGAAACGGACUCACUAUAGCCCAUAUUACUGGAUGAUACAGAAUGCAUUCUACAUUUAUUUUUUCCUCAUAUAUUUGCAUUCCUGGGAUUUAUCCUCAAGUGUUUUUCUGACCAUAAAUACUUUAAUUCAUUUCAAAUGUUUUGGUUAUUCCUGAUCACUUGGGCAGUACAAGAAAAUCUAGCUUCUGAAUAUUGGCCACCUCUGUGCUUCAUAUGCUUCCUGGGAUAUAGUAUCUAAGAGCUCUAUAAAAUGCCAUUUUGUUAGGGUUGGAGUGUUGGUAUUUAGGGACUAGGCUUUAUACAGCAGUUAGAAUUUUAUGAAGAUGAAUGAUCAAAAUAAAGUAUAAUGUUCGGAUGCUAUGCAGAAUAAAGAAUAAAAGAAAUAUUUUUUUUUUCUGGUGCAUUAGUGUACGUAUUGAAGGACAGAGCCUUUUGGUUUUUGUACGCUUCAGGAAAAGGAAAAAAAUCACAACCAUAAAGUAUUAAAAAAACAAAAGACACAUGGAACAGUUGAAGUGUGUUAUUCUGACUACAUGGACUGCAGAGGUUUUGCAGAUCCUUCUAAGUCCUCCCAGGAAAACUGGCCUAGAGAUCAUUCUCUGCUGUUUCUUCCUGAAUAGCAGGCUUUCUGAUGCCUCUGGGCAUCGGGCCAUUUAUUAGUAUUAUAUUGCCAAAAAUUUAACUCUGGAGUUUUAACUCAUGUCUGUGUGCAGAGUCAACUGAAAAUGAAAAACGUUUUAUGCCUUCUCUUGUUUUAUGCUUACUUGCAGAGUAAGGGAAGUGGAAUUGGAAGAUGGUUGUAUAAGUGAUGAUGGCGUCAUUCUCACUGGGCACAGGCUGACGUUUUCUUCUUGCUUAAAAGAGAUACCGUAUUUGUUGGCCACCUUUCAAUAAUGUUUUGCUCACCUGUCAAUAAUUAGAUUAAUUCAGCAUGAAGUUAAAGUUGAUAAAGUGGUUCUUCAUCCAAGUGUUUGGUUCUGUAAAUUGGUUAAUAGUAAAUGGGGAUUAGAUUUCUUUGUACAAGACCUUUAAGACUGCUCUUUUAUAAGAAAUUCAGGGUCUUUGUUUAGUUGCUAACCUCAUGGAAACACUUAUUUUCCCAUACUAAUUUAACAUAAAUGGCAGUCAAGCUAUGACAUAAAAUAUAUCCUUUCAGCUUGAUUUGCCUUCAGUUUUCAUUGUAUAAAUCUGACAUUUUUGGCAUUUCAGUAUGGUGUUCAUUUAGGAAAGAAUCAGGUGACUAGAGAAAAUCCAUUCUUUUCCUAUUGGGAAGCUAUUUUGUUUCUCUGAGUAUAUUUGGACCUCUCAUUUUUGAGAAAGAUCUUUAGUUUCAUCGUUUUUUUGAAUCCUAUAAACUUGAGUGAAAGUCAUCUGAGAGUUAAAUUUUGGGGACAUGCUAAUCUAGAAACAAGACUCUAAAAAUAAUAGGACUUUGAAAGGCUACGGUGAAAUUGAUGAAGAAAAAUCUGUAUCUAAGUUGAGAAGGGGAGACAAAUGGAGGAUGGAGGCCACAGCCUUAAGUCAAAUCCCAGAGGGUGGUUUCAGUACCCAAAGCUUAGGCCAUGUUGACUUACAGUAAUGCUGUAUUUUUCUUGGUCUGCCCUGUGAUUUUGCUUCGUGUUUUUAACAGUUUUUAUGGUAGUUGUAAAAAAAAAAAAUGCAGUGUAUUUUUAUUUGAUAAUUAGGCAAAUGGACAUCAUUUGCAAUAUUUUUAUUUUAUAAAUGUUUAUUUUUCUAUCUUAUAGGAUGAUCAGUUUUACUUAAAAAAUUCUGCAUUCCUCUUGCCUGUCAUGUGCUUUGUCCUAUCGUAUUUAUUAUUGUAAAAUGUUAGCUAGAGAUACUUUAUUCCAGAAUCGUCCGGCCAUUCAGUACUUAAACCAGGAAAAAAAAAAAAGAAAACAAACCCAAGCCCAUUCCCAUCGAAUCAAUUCCAACUCAUAAUGAUCCUGUAGGACAGAGUAGAACUGCCCUGUAGGGUUUCCAAGGAGCUCUUGGUGGAUUCGAACUGCCGACCUUUUGGUUUGCAGCCGAACUCUUUAACCACUGCACCACCAGGGUUUCCCACUUACCAGAAAGAAAGGAGUGUUUUGGCUGUCUUGGUGAGUUUCUGAUCAAAGGUGGUAUUUCCCUCGUGGCAUCCAAUUCAACGUUUGUGUUGAACAUUUGUUGACUUUUUUAAAAGGAUCUUAAAAGAAAAGUUUUUAAUUUUUUUUUGUAAAGCAGGUACUUUUUUAAGAGUAUCAGAGCAAUCUUUUCCCUGCAAAUAAGGAGAUAAAAAUCAAACUCAGCCAAUUAAAUCUUCUUCUGUCUCAUUCCUAUAAUGGAGUCAUUAUCUUCGAGGCUGUGGAAGUAACUAACAAUUGUAUUUUAAUGAACUGCUGAGCGCUCUUCACUGUUUUGUUUGCUUUUUAGUUUGUCCUGUUUAUGUAAAUGUCAGGGUGUUUGCUUGGUUGCUGUUCUGCUGGAACACCGUGGUUUUUUUUUUAGGACCACGGUAUUUUACGCUUUCUUGUGAUGUAAACCAGCGUGCCUGGCCUCUGAAAUAAUUUCCGUUUCUACACCUCUUUUCUGUGGAGGCCAGGCCACAUUAACACCUUAUAUUCCUGAAUGAGCACAAUGUACUAUAUUGCCUUAAGGUAAGGCUUCUUGACCUGUACACCCUCCCUUCUCCUCCUUCUAACUUUUGUAAGUUAUUGCCUGGAAGGAAGGUUAGAUAAGGUCUGAUGAAAUGUUCUGACUUAAAAAAAAAAAAAAAAAAAAAAAGACUUUAAUGUUCAAACCACUGUUAAACAUUAUUUUAUUGAGUGGCUAGACAGUUGCUACACAUGCUUCAAAAGAACAUUGAGAUGUUUAGAAAAUAACUUUGCAUAACAUUGAAUUAUAACCAGCAGCAUGCUAAUGAACUGCCAAAAAAAAAAAAAAACCUAUAUGGUUUUUGA